AUCAGUCAUCCCAGGACAACGCACAGAGCUAGUCUUCAAGGUUCACCCUUCGUGUAGGUUUGGCACUGAGAGAAGCGCGUUCCCCUGCCGGCAGCAUGCAGCACCUGCUCGCGUCCGGCCUGGUGCUACUGUGCUGCGGGGCCGUGUUGUGUAGCGGCCAGACUCGCCGCCCCUCCCCCGCCACCUCAUCUGCCUCCACGGCAGCCGCAGAGGACUCGUCCCCUGCAGCCACCGGGGCCCCCGCAGAGAAGGGCAACUGCACGAGCGCGGUGCCGCUGCAGGGCCCCGAGCACACGGUCACCGAGCUGCGCUUCCCCGGCGGCUCGCAGACGCGCUUCGCCGCCACGCUGUUCGCGCAGCCCGGCGCCCGCCUGCUGGUGCAGCUCGCCUACGUCGACGUGGCGCCCGGCGUCUUCGAGUGCGAGCUCGCCUCCGUACGCGUCUACUCCUACAAGGACGGCCAGCUCACCCUGGUCGACAGGGCUUGCGGCUCUGAAAACCGGAGCACGGCCGUUCUCACGGAGGGUGGAGUUGCUAUAGUGACGUACGCGACAGUGCUGCCCUCCAGCAAUGCCUCUGGAAACUCCACUGGCGCGUUCACCGUUCUGGCGCAAGUGCUCGGCGCUCCCAGCUACCAGCCCGGGUACCGACCACCGACGCCCACGCAGAUCACUGGCAACUACAACCUUUACCAGACGCCACCCACUUAUUACUUCAACCAGAUCGACAGGAAUGAUGUAGGUUACCAGAAUAGCAAUGGGCCCUACUACAAGAAGCCUGCAUCAUACUACUACCUUCCUGGUAAACGCAACAGCCGCUACCAGCCGCCUUCGUCCACGAGUCCACCACUGCUACCACCAACUGGCAGUUAUCAUCAGAGACAGUAUCGGAACUACGAUUACACAAAGACUCCAGAAAAUCGUGGCUACUACGAGCCGCCAGGGAACUUCGACUAUAUGAAGGCUCCAGCGAACCAGAACUAUCUGAAGACGCAACAGCACCAACAUUACCUGCAGUCUCCACAGCAUCAAAAUUUUCCAGAGAAUCCUCAGAACUUUCGUCAGCGCCAGAGCUAUCAAAACGAUGUGCAGCAGAACUUAGGCCAUCUGAACCCACCAAACAAUGUCAAUGGAUUCCCUGCAGGAAACUAUCACCAGGGGGCACCAAAUGGUCCUCCUCCUGCUGGCACUGAGGCGUAUUUCGAUUACAGACCUGACGGCGCUCCUGGGCAACCGGAAACGCUUUCUGGCUACCAUCCAGACUACCAGCCGCCCUCAUACCUGCCCACCACGAUCGCUCCUCCCACCCAGGAACAGGGAAGAUUUCAUUCCCAGUGGCAAGCACCACCAAUCAGUGACCUUCAGGGACCACAGGCGAAUUUCCCAGUUAGCCCUCUGGGAAGCGAUGGAGACUUCUUCGCUGGGGACUGCAACGGGUCUGCGUGGCAGGUCAGCAGUCUCGACCCAGCAUUCAAUAAUAGGUUUGAGCAGCAGUUCCAGCUUUAUCCCACGAACUAUGUAUGGCCACAGGGCUUGGCUCAAGACUGAAAUGUAUAUUAUCGACUGCCUCACUUCCAUAUCGAAAUAAAAGCAACGUAUAACUGAUAGAAACGUACGUGAAUAAGCGAGAAAUGCCUCUACACUGCGCCAAAAUAAAAGAUAGUGUGUUGUCAUUCCUAACACGUCGUGAUUAUAAACUACCUUCCCGAUGAGAUGGAGUCUUAAAACUUUCAAAAAAGCUCAGAACUGAGCGAUAAUGAACUCUCGUUUUUGUCUGGCGUGUGCGGCGAGUAUUUUGUUUACCAUUACCGUUUCACGAUGAGUUAGAUUUGAAACAUUCAACAUAGCUCAGAGCUCGAUGACACUGCAAUAUUAACCCUCUUUGGCGUCUAGUAUGUGACGGGAGUUACUUUGUGUACCACCACUAUUUUCCCCUUUUCCUUUUCCACCCCCGAAAGUUUCGUGGAAAGAACGGUUGUUGAUGAAGUCCCCAUGUGAGCUUUAUUAUCUUUCAUUUUUACCCUUGAGGUCUUUCCGUGAGGUAAUAGUGGGAGGAAGCAAUGUAUUGGUUGCCUCAGGUUAAGAGAAACUGAAAUAAUCCUGAAAUUUACCAAACGUCUGUUGUAUUCUCUCAUCAAAAUGUUUGAAAUCGACUGCAAAAUUUCACACACAAAAAUUAAAAAGCAGAAAAUAAUUAUUUAAUUUUCUUAGUACUACUGGGAUCAAUACGACCCCAUAAUAUGCACAUUGGAAAUGUAUACCUACGAUGUUUUCAAAAUAAUUAUUUUCAAAAUACUUGACUUUCACCCUCUGAGUCAACUGUAUACAAUGAUGUUUUGUCCGUUUUUAUAUUUACAAGACAUUAAAAUUUGUUCAUCGCUUU